GAUAAGCAAUAUGAAGUGCAAGUAAUAUAUUUAUUAUCUGGCAAGUGAGAAACACGCAGCAGAAAAUGGCCACAACUGGGCGCUUCCUCUGUCCGAACGCAAGCACCAAGUUCCGACUUGUUUUUCCGGCGAAAUAUUCUCAGCCAUUAAUUACACCUUGUAAUUUCUUGUUUCUGAGAACCCAUUUUGUGAACAAGAAACAUAAUACCCACCACAUACUUCUUUGUAGCAACACUCCUUUUGUAUCCACUGGUUCAACCCAUUAUGAGUUUAAUGAUGAUUCGAGUGAAGUAGAGUUGAGAUUGGAACUUGGAGAUGAAAGCAGCACAAUCACUCCUGCACAGAUAUUUGUUGAUGGUACUGAAAACUCUUUGGUUAUUAAGCUCAAGCUUCCACAUCAGCAUUCUUCCGGCUAUCUCAAGACUCUCUUUCAGACCAACACUCUCUAUGGCUUCAUUAAACCUUCCGAAACAAUAUGGUAUAUAGAUGAUGCUCAAUUGGUAGUGAACUUGAAGAAGCAAGACUCAGAACUAAAAUGGCCAGACAUAAUGGAAUCUUGGGAGUCAUUAACAACUGGAUCCAUCCAAUUAUUCAAGGGAACUUCUAUCUUUUUAGUUGGUGAUUCUACUGAUAUCAACCAUAAAAUUGCUCGAGAGUUGGCCGUCGGUCUUGGAUAUACUCCACUGAGCACAAAGGAGCUUCUGGAAGCAUACUCCAAGCAAUCCAUUGAUUCAUGGGUGGGGGAAGAAGGAUCUGAUGCUGUGGCAGAAGCAGAGUGUGCUAUAUUAGAAAGCCUUAGCAGUCAAGCGAGAACAGUAGUUGCAACAUUAGGAGGUAGUCACGGUGCAGCCACAAGGCCCGAUAAAUGGAGACAUCUUUAUGCCGGAUUUACAGUUUGGCUCUCACAGUCACAAGCCACAGAUGAAGAGUCGGCAAAAGAAGAGGCGAUUGCGGAGAAAAUGAAAAUAAAAGGGUACAGCAAUGCAGAGGUAGUAGUGAAAGUAAGUGGUUGGGAUCCCACAUACUCCAAAACUGUGGCACAGGCUUCCCUCAGCGCUCUUAAACGCUUGCUUCUCUCCAAUAAAAAUCUCCCAGGUAAAAAGAGUUUGUAUAUAAGACUGGGAAGCAGAGGUGAUUGGCCAGAUAUCAAACCUCCUGCAUGGGAUCCUUCUUCUUCAUCAUCAUCCGCCACCAACACUCUUGCAUUAUGAUCAUACCAAUCCACACUCCUAUUUUUUGCAAGUUUCUAAUUUUGUCCAGGCGAGGAAAUCGGUGCUUUCUUUAAACAUUCAUUUCAUUCAAUAUAUUUUUUUUCUUAACAUUUUUUUGCAAAUGCCAUAACUAAGUUUCCCACUAUACUACCCAGGUUGGUCUAUUUUGAUUUAAAAUAAUUUAGUUGGGGCGGGGUUCGAAGGAAUUUCCUUUCGUUUUCAGAAGAUUAGUCGCCGUCAUAGUUUUUGUUAUGAAUCCAAAUGUGAUUACAGUUGAUACUGUCUUGUUUGAAAACAAAUUCAUUUCUGCCCUAUUAUAAGCCAUAAAACAGACGUUAAUCGUUUUGAAAAAUCGUUUGAUUUUUAAAGCAGUCGAUUAUCCAACAAAAAAGUAUCACUGAAUUGGAAACAAGAGAGUGAAGUUUUUGAAUAUUUUGCUGAAAACACAAACCAGAUUUGAAAAUAUGAUCACAAAUGUCCGGGUCCAGCCUAUAAAUACAGCAAAAGUUGGAGGGCAAACGUUUUCUCUUGAACGAAAAGACGGCUGGCUGUAGGUGCCAUGAUCGAAUCGAAGCACGUGUUUUGAUUUCAAGAAAGAGCAUGAUCCUGUAUUGCAUGUCUGUAAUCUGCAAAUCUCUCUAUUGUUCUGAGAUGAUAAAGAUCAAUUAAUAUUCCCCCUCGAGUGGAUGUAUGUUGAAUUGAUAGCCGAGCAACUUAAAAAUUGUGU